AUGGCCAAGGCAAUCCUUAUUACUGGUGCGACUGGAAAGCAGGGCGGAUCUGUCGUCAACGCAUUGCUCAAACAAAACGCUGCCGUUGAGAUCCUUGCCCUCACCCGAGACGCAGACUCGACCUCAGCGCAACGCUUUGCAAAGAAAUCACCUCACAUCAAGCUGGUCGUUGGGGAUUUGAAUGAUUGCAACGCCGUUUUCGAGAGCGCCAAAAAGGUAUCCUCCGCACCCAUCUGGGGUGUCUUCAGCGUGCAGGUAAGCGUAUUCCAACCGAUCAAUGGCUAUGGAGAGGAGCGGCAGGGCAACGGACUGAUCGACGCCGCAAUCAAGAACAACGUGCAGCACUUUGUCUACUCCUCCGUGGAUCGCGGUGGCGCCAACUCGGACCUCAGUCCCACCAACAUCCCUCACUUCAUCAGCAAGCACAACAUCGAGAAGCACCUUUUCGCCACGACGGAGAACUCCACCAUGGCAUGGACCGUUCUCCGGCCCGUUGCUUUCUUCGAGAAUCUGGCUCCGGGCUUCUUUGGCAAAGUCUUUUCUACCAGCUUCGAGAUGUCGUUGAAGAAGGAUCAAAAGCUGCAACUCAUCGCGACAAGCGAUAUCGGGUACUUUGCUGCGCAAGCAUUUACGAAACCGGACGAAUUCGCCGGCCAGAAGCUCUCGAUUGCUGGUGAUGAGUUGACCUUCAGCCAGUUCAAGUCCAUCUUCGAGGAGACCACCAAGCAAACCUUGCCGACGACUUAUUGGUUCUUGGCUAGCAUCCUCCACUGGGCGGUCAAGGAGCUCGGGUACAUGUUCAAGUGGUUUGGGGAUGUUGGUUACGGCGCCGACAUUGCAAAACUGCGCGCAAUGAAUCCGGACUUGAAGGACUUCAAGACGUGGCUGAAAGAGGACAGCCAGUUUCAGCCAUCGACAUGA